AUGUCUAACGCUGCCGAGGCGGCUGCGGCUGCGGCUGCGGCUGCGGCAGCCUUUCGAGCUUCGGCCAUUGAGUCUUGGACUCUUUACGCUAUUGGUGUUCUCUCGACGUUUCUCCGAUUUUAUGCUCGCAUGAGGGUUGCCGGCUUUAGAGGUCUCCAAACUGAGGACUACCUCAUGGUCCUUGCUAUUUGCUUUUAUACAGUCCAAACAAGUCUGGCCUACAGCAUCGGAAGCCUUGCACAUGGCUUGGCCAACAGUGGCAUGACUGAUGCUGAGCGUGCGGCCCUGUCACCAAACGACCCCGAGAUCAUUGGCUCCAAGAUUCAAGUCGCUGGCUGGACCAUCUACUCGGCUCUGAUCUGGUGCCUCAAGCUCUCAAUGCUGUUCUUCUACACUCGACUUACCGAUGGACUCGGUCGGCGAUACGUCAUUCGGAUUUACAUUGGAUUUGCUCUCGUUAUCAGCACCUUCAUCGCAACAAUGAUCGCCGUCUUUGGAGGAUGCCAGCCUUUCGACAAAUACUGGCAGAUCAACCCCAAUCCUGGCACUUCCUGUCAAGCCGCCAUCUCCAGACCCAUCGUAUGGGUGUCGUUCGCCGCAAACGUCUCGACCGAUAUAUACCUUAUCGCUAUUCCUCUUCCCAUGUUGUGGGGAUCUAGCUUGAAGAUGAUUAAGAAGAUUGCUUCUACAUUCAUCCUGGGCGCCGGUAUCUUUGUUCUUGUUUGUGCCAUUAUGAAGAGUGUCUUUGUUCUGGUGGACCCUGUAAAUGGAGCACAGCUUGCCGGAGCAUGGGGCACGCGAGAAACUUUUGUUGCCGUCAUCACGACCAACCUUCCUCUUCUGUUCCCUCUUUUCAGGAUAUGGCUCACCCCCUUUUUCGGAAGUGUCCUACGGUCGUCACAGAAGACGUACCAAACACCAUCAGGCUUCCGUACCAUCGGUGGUGGUGGCGGCGGCGGCCGAAGCCGAAGCCAAAGCCGUCGUGGCCCUCCAACUGCAAACCCCAUCUCGGCCAAUCUUUCCUUCAACGAUAGCGAAGAGCGUAUAGUGAAGGGAGAGGCACACACUUUGAGGGAGUUCCCCUCGCCGGAUUCCAACAGCAACAACAGCAAUCCAUUCAAUGGCAUUGUAGUCUCCAACAUUGUCGAGAUAAAACACGAAACCAAGGAGGGUCGGACAAGCAAGUAUGGUGUAGACCCACCAGGUGGAUGGUGA